AUGACUGCUUCCACCGCAACCCCGAGACCGACGCUCAAGACGAUCCCACCAAUGAACCCGGAGCUGUCGUUACUCGAGAACAACCUAGAGCUCUCGGCACUAGAGGAGAUGGGCGACGGCGUGUUUACAAACAGCAGGCCCUUAUGGAAGCCUGAUGAUGCCCGGGGGAUCUAUGGCGGCUGCAUCAUUGCGCAAUGCCUCAAAGCAGCCCAAGGCACAGUACCAAAGGAUCUCAAAGUCCACAGCAUGCACUGCUACUUCAUCCUCGCCGGAAACCCCACCAUUCCUGUCGUAUACCACGUCGAGCGCGUACGGUCUGGGCGCUCUUUCGCCACACGGACGGUUCAGGCGCGGCAGCGCGGCCAGUGCAUCUUCACCACCACCUGCUCGUUUAUGCGGGCGCCGGUGAAGGAACAGUCGAAGAUUGAGCAUUCGAUGCCGAUACCGGCAGGGAUUCCGCUACCGGAGGAGUGCGUUACAGACGACGCGCAGCUGCUGGACUGGUACGAGAAGGGCAGAAUCGAUGAGGCGGGACUCGAGAAAUACCGCCGCCGGAGGGAGAAGGACCCGAUUGAGUACCGGCAGCUGGGGAUCGCGGAGCAGACACGGGAUGCAAAGCCAACGGAGAAGCGUUUGAGACAGUGGGUGAGAAUUAAGGGUGCGAUUAAGGAUGAUGAGGCGCAUCUGCCGGCGCUGGCGUAUUACUCGGAUGCAUUUUUUUUGGUGACAGCCGCGAAGGUGAAUCCGCUGAGGAUGGAUGAUAUUGGCAUGAUGGUGAGCCUGGACCAUACAAUAUAUUUUCACCAUGCAGCAGAGAUCAAGGCGGAUGAGUGGGUGUUUAUGGAGCUGGAAUCGUCGUGGGCGGGGGAGGAGAGGGCGUUGGUGACGCAGAGGAUAUGGAAUCGGGAUGGGCUGCUGCUGGCGUCGUGUUAUCAAGAGGGCUUGAUUAGACUCAAAAAGGAUGAGGGGAAGGGAGUGGUGGAUUUACUUAGCAAGCUUUAG